AUGCCGCGCUGGCUGUCGCAGUCGGGCGAGCGCGGGGACACCGUCUACUACUCGCAGGGCAUGGGGCUCUGGCUCAACUACACGGAGCACGUGGGCGACCCCAAGUUCGACCCUGGCAACUCGCUCUGGGUCCCGCCCCAGGAGAGCGGAGUCGACACCUACAGCGCCCAAUGUGCUGCGCAGCAGACUUUUUGCGCGGAUGCAGUGGGGGAGCUACACAAGCAAUAUUGCCAAGUGAUGGAGGUGUAUUGUGGUGCAGCCAUGACCUUCUUACAGUUGAUACUGUCGGUCAUGGCGGGGUUGGCUGUGGUGGUCGUGGUCUGGGCCGUCCACCUGAUCACCACCACGCACAACACCAUCGCGGACAAGUACCUGAUGCACCUGUGCGUGUUCAACGGCAUGGGGUGUCUAGUGGCUGCCGUGGUCUGGUACUUCUUCGUGUUCCGGCCCGUCAUCGACUCGACGUUCUACAAGGACCAGUACAACCGCUGUUCGGAGAACGACUCGGGUCGCACGUGCUGGCAGAUGGGGGUGUGCGUCUACUUUCUCAUCGCGGGGGGGGUGGUGUACCCAUUGCUGGCUGUGCUCGUGAUCUCGCACGUGACCAACAAAUUCCGGCGCUUCCAGCGGCUGCUGAAGAGGAUGUACGAGACGUCGGCGGUCGUGGAGGUGCCGGCGCCCGUGGUGGACAUGAAGUCG